UAUCGGUGCAGGGACGCGGCCGCGCGCUCGUCGCUCCUACAUCUCACGACGCGGCGAUAUAGUUAUCGAAAUUAUACAACUGCCAACUAAAUAAAUUAUAUAAUAUUAUCCGAGUGAAUUUCACGAGUUACUGUGAAAAGUUUGUCUUGAAAAGUUUUAGUGAAGUUUUUUUUCUCCCACCAAAUCUUUGAGGAUUACAUCCAAGAUCCCGCUUAAGGGCGAUCCCUGGGUAAUUUGGGAGUAUGGCAGUAGCCUUAUAAACGGACUCGGUGCAGAUCUAUACACUGUGAACUAGUUGCACGGACAUGGUUUAAAUGGAGCGGAGGCAAUUAAAGAAAAAACUACAGUUCCUUGCACGAUACGCAAAUACUUCUACAGACUGCCGAUGUUUACUCUCGGAGCGUUAUCACUUGAUAAGUUAGAACACAAGCCGCGCGCAAACAACCUUAUCAUGGUAACGUUCUCAUCCACGACUCAGAAGUACAACACAGACUCGGAGCCGCACAGGCGUGCCACUCAAAACACCUGAAAAUCGCGAUCGAGCCUUGGAAUGGAAGAGCUAACGUUCAUCGAAACCAGAUAGACUGUGACAGUGUUGUGUAUAGUGUAAUUAUAACCAAAGAACAAAACCAAAGCUGAUCGAAGCUCAUUUCUAGUGGAUACGAGGUAGACUUUAACGCCAAACUGGAGGAAUUACAGACGUUGGACACCGCAGAGAGCGUCAUCGAAAAUGUCAGCGCGAUGGCGGAGGAGUGUCUGGCGAGGAAGUUCAACUUGUCGGACAACUACUGCCCGGCGUACUUCGACGGGCUCCUGUGCUGGGACCCGACGCCUUGGAACACCUUGGCGGUGCAGAAGUGCUUUAAAGAACUGUACGGGAUACAAUACGAUGACACACAAAAUGCCUCACGGCUGUGCUUGGACGGAGUUUGGCACAACUACACCAACUAUACAAAUUGCACGGAGAGGAUCGCAAACGGGUCACCAACAGAUGUCGCUAGUCUCAUAUACUUGGCGGGCUACUCCCUCAGCCUUGCUGUUCUAUCGUUAGCUGUCUUCGUAUUCUUGUAUUUUAAGGAUCUGCGAUGUUUACGAAACACAAUUCAUACUAAUUUAAUGUCUACAUACAUAUUAUCAGCUUGUAGUUGGAUUUUAAAUUUAGUUUUACAAAACUGGUCGGACGAAUCUCAGCAAGACCAGACGUCGUGUAUGAUACUCGUCAUUUGUAUGAACUAUUUCUAUUUAACUAAUUUCUUCUGGAUGUUGGUGGAAGGUUUAUAUCUCUACAUGCUAGUCGUCGAAACUUUUACAGCGGAGAAUAUUAAAUUAAAAGUAUAUACCACUAUUGGCUGGGGUGCUCCAGCUGUAUUUAUUACGAUAUGGGUGAUAUCAAGGUGUUUUGUUAACGUUUUGCCGUCAACGGGGCCUGAUGGAUUGGCGAUGUUCCCUGAAGCAAAGAUGUGCAUAUGGAUGCAUGAACACCAAGUGGACUGGAUACACAAAGCGCCAGCACUUGUUGGUCUCGCUCUUAAUCUGUUCUUCCUCAUUAGGAUUAUGUGGGUGCUGAUCACGAAACUCCGGUCCGCCAACACGCUAGAGACUGAGCAAUACCGGAAGGCUACCAAAGCGCUUCUAGUCCUCAUACCCUUGCUGGGUAUAACCAACCUCCUGGUCCUCUGCGGCCCUAGUGACGACUCCUGGUUCGCAUACGCGUUUGAUUACACGAGGGCGCUUAUGUUAUCGACACAGGGUUUCACGGUAGCUCUGUUCUACUGCUUCAUGAACACUGAGGUCCGGCACGCGAUCAGGUACCACGUGGAAAGAUGGAAGACUGGUCGGACCAUCGGCGGGGGGAGGCGGCGAGGCGCCUCUUACUCUAAGGACUGGUCUCCGAGAUCGCGGACCGAAAGCAUAAGGUGGAGCCGACCACAAAAAAAAGAUGACUAUAAAAACAAUUUAUCGUUGUACAGUCAUCCUUCGAAGAGAGAAUCUGCUGCUUCUGAAACCACGACUACCACGCUACUAGUGCCACGCACCUCGCUCGCACCACCACACGACGCCAGGCAUCUUCAUGCCGAUUACAUCACUAGUGGCAGCGCGAGUGGGGAGCAAUCCCCAGUUUGAGGAGGGGGGCGGGGGAGGCUCUCGCGCCUGCGCACCCUGCCCGAGGAGGACGCUGACGUGUCCGUCCCCGCCUCUCCCGCCUCUUCGUCUCCGCUCUACCCCACAACCUUCACUACCCAAAACGCCGUCUGGCCUCUCAAGCUAACCAACGACUACUCCAAUUCUGUACCUCAUUCUAUUACGGAUAAUGUGAAACAAUCUAAGUCAUGCGACAUCACACCUCAAAGUGAUCACAAGUCGAACGGACCUUUUUCUAUUGGCAAUCGAUCUGAUACGUCGAGUAUGUCUACACCAAUUUCUGGUGAUUCGAGUCCGCGUAGGAAUAUUGAAAACUGAUUGGGUCUAAUGGCCAUAUUCAUUAAAUGAUCCCAAUCUUAAUUUUCGAUCCGAAUUCGAGAAUAAACCGAUCACAAUAAGUCGUUUGUGAACAUGUCAAAACAUUUGGUUCUGAUCGGUUCAUUUUCACGAUUAAUCGAAAAAAGCGAUUGGGAUCGAUUAUUUAAAACAGCGGUAAGUAAUGAUUGAUGUAAUAAUAUUGUAAGCCAACACUGAGUAGUAUAUUAUAUUCGAGCAGAGCUCAAAGUAAUACGCUAUAAGAUAUAAAAUAAAUAAAUGUAUGUUUAAUCUCAUUAUGAUUAUUUAAAUAAAUUUGUGUACCUAGUUUUAGGAGCUUAUUUAAAUAUGUAUAUAAAUAGAUUAUGUACGUAAAGAAUGGAAUCAUUCAGGCAGUAAUACGCUACCAAAUAUUAUUAAUUUAUACAUAUAAUAUAUUAAGUAUAAUUCACCGACGAAUUUUAUUGUAUUGUAUUUAUUCUUAAUAACGUAUGGUUAUUAAUGUUUAAGGUAAGUGCACUUUUAAGCGUUCUCAAAAUGAUGAAGUUUCAAAACCUACAUAGCGAUAAUAAUGAUUGGCCGUAAAUAGUAUAGGUACAUCAUAAAAUGUUGCAAUUUUUGUAUAAUAAUAUGCCUAACAAUGUAUAAAAAACAGUAUCCAACUGCAUACCUGUCUAUUUCUCCGUAUAUUUUUAAUAAAUAGCUUCAAAUAAAUUGUAUUUCACUUGAGAAAACGGUAUAAGUAAUUUUGUAUAAAUUAUUAUAAAUGAAUUAAUAACAUAAGGAAAAUAUAAAUAUUUAGCAUAAUUUAUAGUAUGAAAAAUAGCAAAUAGAUAAAUUAGCUUUUUUGAAGCUAUCAAAUAUUUGUACAAACUAAAAUUUCCCUUCCCCUUAUGCUGUUGUAUAUAAAAAUGACUUAAAAAGUAAAUAACUUAUUUGUCUAUAAACUACAAACCUCUUUAAUGUUGCCAAAGUGUAGAAUUAUUACUAUUUAGACUGUAAUCACUUAGUGUCAUAAGAAGGAAAUUGGGAAACAAAACGCUAUUUGUAUCAUAAAAAUUGUAGCAUAUCGUAAUUAUAACACACUUAGAUGUUAUUUCGUAAAUGUUAUUAAUGUUAUGUAGGUAAUAAAAAAUAUUUUUGUGAAUUAUAAUUUACGAGUAAGCAUUUCUUGCAGUUUGCAGUGCGAAUACGAUGAAAAGUUAAUGUCGUAGGUCGCAAAUACAUACUUACAAAGUAUUAAGCAUAAGUUCGCAAACAGUAGCUAUAACCUGCAUAAAGUUUAAAAAAAUAUUAUAAAUUAUCAAAACUUAAACAAGCCUCUAACAAAUACAAUUCAAAUAUUUAAAAUCUUUUUCUUUACUUACAAAAAUACCAUUAUUAAGUCGUCUAAAAAUAAAAACAAUUUAAAGCAAAGUAAUUUAUAUUUAGAAUUUAUAAUAACAUUAUACUUUUUCAUACUUUUUUUACCACGAAGGUUCGUGACAUUCCAAGGCUUCAUCGACAUUUUGCAAAAUAUGCGUGGGUGCAUGUAGAUACUAUGCAACUUACUAAUUUAAAUACGUAGUUAAUUCUGUAAUAGAUGGAAACAAUAUAAUCUAGUCGUGAUUUAUAAAAUUGUAUUGAUGCCAUUACCUUAUAAAAUAUAUUGAUUUUUGAAUGAGUUAUAUUUGUCAAAAUUCAGUAUUUGUAAGAGUAACUCAAGGGUUUUUGAUUUAUUGAUCUUAAGUGUUAUUAUAAAAUUCUCAAACUACCUUCCUUUGUCAGAUUUCUAUUUUUCCUUUUUAAUGUGUUUGUAACUCUGUUAAAUGUUAUAACCUAUUUAAUAUUAUAUUUAUUAUAUAAUUAUGUUCUCUUAAAGCUGAAAAUACAUAAACACUAUUACUUAAAACAAGUGUAUGGCUACAAACCCUUUUUGAAUUGUAUUCUUAUAAUAACUAAUAUUUUACUAUAACUAUUUUUAUAGUAUUAGAAUACUUACCUAUAGAGUGAUAUCCAUUAUUACUGCACGUAUGUAUCUAUUUAUAAAACUUAUAAUAUACUGUAAAUCGAAUGUAAAGAAGUGUUUAUACAUUUGUCAUUAAUAAAAUUAAAUUUGAUUUUAUUAUUGUACAAAACUA